CAUUGUACUUUGACCAGAGCAGGUUGUUUUGUGUGCCUCGCGCAACAAGCGAGGAUUCCUCUUCGUCGUCCUGCGGAUACAUCUUCACCUGCUCCACAUCUGGAUUAACUCUGGUUUUAAGGAUCCCCACCGCCGUCAUGUCGACAUCUGUGCAGGUAGAGCCAGUCAUGGAGAAGAUGUACGAGGGAGUCGGCCGCUGCAAGUGCUCAUUCUGGUUCGCGGUGGCCCACGACAUAUUGGGCGUCUUCAUCAUGAUGGUGGGGGUGUUUGGAGGCCUGAUCAUCCAUGAUUUGUUCAUCUAUGCCGGGGCCAUCAUCAUCUUCCUCAGCCUGAUCUGGUGGGUGUUCUGGUACGCAGGGAACAUCGACGUGCCACCGGAGGAGCUGGAGGACGACGUGGGCAAGAUGAAGCUGAAGAACCGUAGAAUCAGCCAGGUUGUGAGGCGAGUGUCCAGCGGGAUCAGGAACUCUUUCAGGAAGAGUGGCAGGCCUUUCAGAGAGGACCCUGCAGCCACUGCUCCAGAUGUGGCACUCUCCACCAUAUAUGACAGCACCAUCGCCUCCUCAUCAAACGAACUUGUGAGAGAACCACUAUCUGUAUGAACUAAUACACAACAGACUGUAAAUUCCACCAAGAGACGCUCAACUUGGAUAUUUAUGCUUGUUUUCUUUGCUCAUCGUUUUACUCUGUUGAAAGGGAUUUUGUGUUUGCUCACAUAACAUACAGCAGUAAUGAUUAGACAGCACUCAGGUGUUAUCAAGAUAAGAUUCACAUGCUCAUAUCUCGCUGAUAAGACGUAAACUUUGCACACUAUAACUCUGAUUUACCGUGCACAGCUGUCUCACCAGUCAGCAGUUGUGAUGGAUUGACUGCUAGAUUUUAAAGAGUAGAGCUGUGGUGACUGCAAAUAGAAAACAAGAGGGCAUAAUAACCAGAUUGAUCUUAUUAGAUCUUUCACCAGAAUAUGUGUAGCUGCUUUUACUUUCAAGCCCUGCCGUGUGCUUGUAUCUAUGUUGGCAGGACAUUGACCUUAAACCCUGAAGUAUUCUACGACAGAAUAACCUCAAACAAAGAAACUGCACCUUUCAGAGGGUCCCAGUCAGAGUCCAGACCUCCAGAUACUGUGGAUCGACCUCAGGAGAUGUGUUCACACCAGGAAUCAUAGAAAAACAGCUGAGCUGAAGCCGUUCUGCGAGGAAAAAUGGUCCAAAAACAUUAUUGUGCAGGUCUGACCUGCAGCUGCUGGAAACUUGUUUGCUGCAAAGGAGGAUCCACCAGAAGUUAAAUUAAAUAGUAUCCUGACUUUUCCCACCAGCACUUGGAAUAUUUAAUGGAUGUAUUCAGACUUGAUGAGUUGUUUGGAAGAUGUUAUAAUUGUGUGUUACUUGCUUAAAAAUCCACUCCAGGCAUGUUUAAAAUAUAUGAAUAUAUAUAUAAAUACCCUGCUUUGAUAAUAAUUUGCGUGUGAUUUUAAUUUUCUUUUUAGCUACAUUGGAAAUGUUUAAAAUGCCAUCAAUGCCUCUGCCUUCAUUGAAAAUUCUGAAUCUUUGCAGCUGCUGGUUAAAGAUGUCUCCAACUGAAUAUCAUUCUGUCUGUAUACAAUACAGCCUCCUAAACUGAGAUUCACCAGACCUCAGAGACAACAAUCAUCCAGCACCAAACUCUAAACAUUCAUUCAGUAGAGUGAUAGUCGAAAAAACCCAAGAGAAGUAACAACAACCAAAACAGUUUCAGUGUGGCAGCAGCAGCAACCAAAAUAAAUUAAAAUCACUAAAAUAAUGAAAUAAUAAAUGAGUGAAAAGAGGUUUAUUUAAAGUGAUUCUAAAAAUGUGAAUUCAGAGAAUGGAAACAGUCAGAAGCAUUUCUCACAGAAAGCAUUUGGACAUGUGACAGUAGGCAGGAAAAGCAAAUAUAGAUUAUAAACCUAAUGGGUGAAUGUUGUUGAGCUGCUGCAGUAUUUUGCAUUCUGGCCCACUGUCAUGUCUUAGUCAUAAUGUGCCUUCAUCAGAUUUUAUAUAAUUCUAAAUAUUUCAGACAGAGUCACAAUUAUUCUAUUAAAUUUACAGAAGUAAUCAAAAAAUAACCAUUAACACUUAGAUUUUCUUUCUUACUUUCAAGUAAAUGUCAUCAUAGUUAAUAGCAAAAUGAUCAAGCUCCAAUAUAUACAGCCAUUAGAUUCAAAUGUGAUCAUUAGAUUUAUUAUUCAUUGUAAUCAUGCAGUGUGAUUGACUACUAUCCAAGUAAUUCAAAGCAUUUCUGUGUAAUGAUUAUAACGUAAGGUCCGUUUGACUCGUCAAGUAAAGUGUAAAGACAUGAACUGUA